UCCCCCUCCGAAAACACUCUAAACCCGUACACUUGCAGUUUGCCGAGGUAGACGACGAUCGAUGCAAGCUCCAAAUUUGCAGUGAUUUCAAUCACCGCAUUUUCUGCCCAUUCCAUGAUAUCCUCAUACAAUUGGGUCCAUCGUAUCAACCCUGUCUGUGCCUGGCAUUCAGAUCUUCGCUAAACCCUAAAACCCUAAAGCUCUGUGGGUUUUUGUGAUGUGGCGAUGACGCUGGAAGAAUAAAGCUCGUCGUGAGGUUGUUGUUGUUGUUGCCCGGGGUGUAGCAAAGAGUUGCGCGAUGUUGCACGAGCUGUUGCUGGCGCUGGUGGGAUGUACCGGAGAUGUUUUCAUGGAUGUUAAGGAGAAGACAGUUGCUCUUGGUCUUUGCACGCCGAAAGUGAAGCGGUCCGGCAGCGGUGAGAAUGGUGGAGAGAAGGAGUCGGAUGCCUCGGAGACCAUUGCCGAUGAGUGCACGUUCCGCGUCGCUUCUGACAUUAGCUUCCUCAAGGAUUCGGAGAAGCAAGUAUUGGAUCAACUUCUUCACCUGGGUUUUUACUACAAGGAGCUAGACAAUUUCUGUGGGAAAUGCCGGAACCUAAGUUGGAUAAAUCUGAAGCAGCAACCAGGCUUGCCACUUGUGCAACAAAGCGUGUAUUGUAGAGCUCUUGCAAAUGGUAUUGCGGAAGUGCUGGCUGUUUACAGAUCCGCUGUUCUUCAAGUAGAGCAAACUCUUAUGGCUGAUCCAGUGCCGGUGCUUGCUGCUGUCACGCAAGGCCUUCAUCAGUUCGAAGUGCUGCUAGCACCAUUGUACGCACUUAUUCGUGAGGUGGAGCGGGAGCAGCUACGGGGAGGGCGGCUGCUGAAUCUGCUACAUGCUAAAUGUCAUUGUGGUAUUCCGGAGCUGCAAGCUUGCAUGCAACGGCUUCUGUGGCAUGGACAUCAAGUGAUGUAUCGACAGCUAUCAACGUGGAUGGUUUAUGGUUUACUUCAAGAUCAACAUCAGGAGUUCUUCGUGAGAAGACAGCAACCUGCAGAAGGCUUGGUUGAUGCAGACCAAGCAAUAGAGGAAGCUCGCUUGGCAGAUUGGCACUCCGGCUUUUGUGUAAACCUGGAGAUGUUACCGGAGUACAUCUCUCUGCAGGUGGCUGAGUCUAUCCUCUUUGUCGGUAAAGCUCUACGUGUUUUACGGAAUCCGAGUUUGACGUUUAAGAGUCAGGUUUCAGGAUCUCAGCGAGGUUCCUCAAAAGGUUUCAAUCGAGCAGAUGAUUCUACUGCAAAAUAUUCUGUGCCUCCGAUUGGUGGUUAUCAAGGCCCUGAACUUCUGCCUCCUGCGGAAGCUGAUAGUAUUGCUUCUAUGCUACGAGAUCUUAAGGGGCUGGUUGAUUGGCUGUCGUUUUUGGUACAGAAAGCCCCAGACUUUCAUAAACUCACAUUCGAGCGAGCAGUUGAUUCUAUUCGGUCUGUAGCAGCAAUUCAUCUAUGGAAGUUGGUGGUGGUUCAUGCAGACCUCAUUGGGCACCUGAAGGCCCUGAAGGAUUACUUCCUUUUGGCUAAAGGUGACUUCUUUCAGUGUUUCUUGGAAGAAAGCCGCAGUAUAAUGCGCAGUCCACCACGGCUAUCUACUGCCGAGGCAGACUUGAAAGUUCCUUUUCAACAGGCAGCAUUAAAAACUAUUGGAGAUGAUGAUAAGUAUUUCAACCGAGUCUCUUUGAGGAUGCCAAAUCCUGCUUCAGGGAGUAGCGACUCAGAUGCAAAACGAACGAGACCUGUUACAGACGGUCCAGGAUUUGGAGAGAGCGUGCCCUACGAUGGCUGGGAUGGUUUAGCCCUUGAGUACAGCAUUAACUGGCCUCUCCAACUGCUCUUCACCAAAGACGUACUAUCAAAGUACACCAAAGUCUUUCAGUACUUGCUGAGGCUGAAGAGAAUACAAUUGGAAUUGGAGAAAUCAUGGGCCCAGGCUAUGCAGCAGGACCGCGAUGACACUGCUAAUAAGCGCAGGGAUAGCCGUCAGCAACGCAUGCCUAUGUGGCGUGUCCGGCAACACAUGACCUAUCUAAUCACCAAUCUUCAAUUUUAUAUUCAGGUUGAUGUUAUUGAAUCACAAUGGAAUCUUCUACAAGAACGGGUUGAAGCAUCCAAGGACUUCACUGAGCUUGCUCGGUUCCACCAAGAGUACCUGGCAGCUCUCAUAUCUCAAUCAUUUUUGGACAUAGGGUCUGUUUCCCGUAUUCUGGACAGCAUAAUAAAUUUGUGCCUCGAACUCUGUCAUGUGAUUGAGCAGGAAGAUGAAACACCUAACUUUGCUGAGCUGGAACGAAUUACUGAGGAGUUCAAUAAAAAGUCAAAUUCACUGUACACCAUACUGAGAAGUACUAAAUUGGCUGGAAGCCAACGUGCGCCCUUCCUGCGUCAAUUUCUUCUACGCUUGAAUUAUAACUCUUUUUUCGAGGUCACUGCGAGAGGGGCUUUAAAUAUGGGUCGACCUCGAGGCGGCGCAUUUACCCACUAAUUGCAUUUCAUAUUUAUCUAGAUCUUAAGCUAUAAUUUGUCUACAAGUAUAGCACGCUGCACAGGAUUUCUAAUAGAUCAAAGCUCACUUGCACACAGAUGUUUUACGGUAAAUGCACUUGUACAUGCCUCCUGUAUAUUGACAAUCAGAUUAAGGGUGAUAGUUUCAGUGAAUUAUAUCUUGAAACUUGUAUCAUGCAAGUAAUAGAAGGUUAAUCAUCUGGAUACGAUGUCCUUGGACACGCAAUUCUUGUGCAAACAUUGAUUGUAAACCGUCCAAGACACAAUCAUUACUUGCUGAAUUCUCACAUGAAUGAACUAAAUUUUUAUUUA